CUCCUGCAGCCAAACACCACCCUUCCUCUCCGCAGCUCGAUCUCGGUUCAACACAGCUCAACUGAACUGACCGCAGAGAGACUCCCAUCUUCUCUCUCUCUCUCUCUCUCUCUCUGCUCCAGAGCAAAGCUUCGCUCUUCCCCUUCAUUUUCCCGGUCUCACUCCUAACCGCCCAUCCGACAUGGAGCCCGACGUCAGCAUCGAGACGGGCGCCAUGAUCCGCGUCGCCGUCCUCCCGAUCGGCCACAUCCCCGCCCAGCUCCUCCGUGACUACACCGGCAUGCUGCUCCGCCACCACACCAUCGCCCUCUCCGCCGUCAGCUCCUUCUACACCGAGCACCAGAAGUCCCCCUUCGCCCACCAGCCCUGGGACUCCGGCUCCCUGCGCUUCCGCUUCGUAAUCGGGGGGUGCCCUCCCAGCCCCUGGGAGGACUUCCAGUCCAACCGCAAGAUCCUUGCCGUCAUUGGGAUCUGCCACUGCCCCUCAUCCCCCGAUCUCGACUCCGUGACCGACCAGUUCAGCUCCGCUUGCAAGGGAUACUCCUCCGCGCUCGUCCAGCGGUGCUUCGCGUUCUGCCCCAGCGAUUCUCAGCUAGAGGAUGGCAAUAAAAAGGAGGGAAACCUUAUAUUGUUCCCUCCUGCUGACCACCAGACGCAGGAGUUCCAUUUAAACACGAUGAUGCAAGAUAUCGCGGCGUCGCUGCUGAUGGAAUUUGAGAAAUGGGUUCUUAAGGCCGAAUCUGCUGGAACUAUUCUUAAGACGCCUCUCGAUUCUCAAGCCAGUCUCAGCUCAGAGGAGGUGAUUAAGGCAAAAAAGCGACGACUUGGCAGAGCACAGAAGACAAUUGGUGAUUAUUGUUUGUUAGCUGGAUCUCCUGUUGAUGCCAAUGCACAUUAUACUACCGCGUUAGAACUUGCUAGACUGACUGGAGAUUACUUCUGGUAUGCUGGAGCAUUAGAAGGCAGUGUUUGUGCCUUGCUGUUGGACCGGAUGGGCCACAUAGAUCCAGUGCUAAUUGAUGAGGUUAAGUAUCGCUACAACAGUGUCAUAUUGCACUACAGAAAGUCCUCCAUACAAGACAAUACACAAAGAGUUUCCCCAUUGAGCUUUGAACUUGAGGCCACCUUGAAACUGGCAAGAUUCCUUUGCAGAAGGGAGCUACCGAAGGAUGUUGUGGAGUUGUUGACUAAUGCUGCAGAUGGUGCAAGGUCUUUGAUUGAUGCAAGUGACAGGCUUGUUUUAUAUGUGGAGAUAGCUCGUUUGUAUGGGGCUAUCGGUUACCAUAGGAAGGCUGCCUUUUUUUCAAGGCAGGUAGCUCAGAUGUAUUUGCAGCAAGAAAAUAGAUUGAAUGCAAUUAGUGCCAUGCAAGUUUUGGCCAUGACAACCAAAGCAUAUCGCGUUCAUACCAGGGCAUCUGACUCCGAGCAUUCCCAGAAUGAUGAAGCUGGACCAAGCCCGGGAAAUAGCGGGAAGGUGCAUCACCAUUCAGUGGUCUCACUCUUUGAGUGCCAAUGGAGCACUUUGCAGAUGGUUGUGCUUCGAGAGAUACUUCUUUCUGCUGUUCGUGCAGGAGAUCCUCUUGCUGCCUGGAGUGCAGCGGCUCGUCUGCUUAGAUCAUACUACCCUCUGAUUACACCGGCUGGGCAAAAUGGUCUUGCCAAUGCACUCGCUAAUUCUGCUGGGAGGCUGCCUUCUGGAACGCGUUGUGCAGAUCCUGCCUUGCCUUUUAUUAGGUUGUAUUCUUUUCCUCUACUAUCUUCACAAGCAGACAUUGUAAAACGCAACCCAGCUAGAGAGGAUUGGUGGAUGGGAUCAGCUCCCUCUGGACCAUUCAUCUAUACACCAUUUAGCAAGGGAGAGUCCAAUGAUAGCUCUAAGCAGGAGCUCAUAUGGGUUGUUGGUGAACCAGUUCAGGUCUUGGUUGAGCUGGCAAAUCCUUGUGGCUUUGAUUUGAGGGUCGAUAGUAUAUACCUCUCUGUUCAUUCUGAAAAUUUUGAUGCCUUCCCAGUCAGCGUUAAUCUCCCUCCCAAUUCAUCAAAGGUGAUAACCUUGUCAGGAAUACCGACCUCAGUUGGGCAAGUAACAAUCCCUGGGUGUACUGUUCAUUGUUUUGGUGUUAUCACCGAGCACCUCUUUAAGGAUGUUGAAAAUCUUCUUCUUGGGGCAGCACAGGGUCUUGUUCUCUCUGACCCGUUCCGAAGUUGCGGGUCCACUAAGUUGAGAAAUAUAUCUGCUCCAAAAAUAUCUGUAGUACCCCAGCUUCCACUAUUAGUGCCGCACAUUGUGGGUGGUGACGGCUCCAUCAUUCUAUAUGAAGGUGAAAUUCACGACGUGUGGAUUAGUCUAUCUAAUGCCGGUACAGUCCCCGUCGAACAGGCACAUAUUUCCUUAUCAGGAAAGAACCAAGAUUCAGUUAUUUCAAUUGCAUAUGAGACGUUAAAAUCCUCUCUUCCUCUUAAACCUGGGGCUCAAGUGACCGUACCUGUAACCUUGAAAGCUUGGCAACUUAGCAUGUCAGAUCCUGAUACUGUUUCCGGUAGGAGCGGCUUGGGAAGCACAGGGAGGCAUUUUAAGGAUGGCAAUAGUCCUACAUUGGUGAUACAUUAUGCAGGGCCCGUUGCAGAGCCUGAAGAUCCCACAUCUGCUGGAACUAUACCACCAGGAAGACGCCUUGUGGUUCCUUUACCAGUUUGUGUUUUCCAGGGCUUGUCCUUUGUGAAGGCUCGUUUGCUUUCUAUGGAGAUUCCUGCUUAUGUUACCAAAAACAAUCCCAUACCAACUUUUGUGGAAAGCAACUCCCCUGAAGAAGUUGCUGGCUCGGAAAUUACGAUGGAUAAGCUUGUUAAGAUUGACCCUUUCCGAGGAAGUUGGGGGCUCCGAUUCCUCGAGCUUGAGCUCUCUAAUCCGACUGAUGUGGUGUUUGAAAUUAGCGUCUCUGUUCAGAUUGAAAAUUCUAUGAGUGGAGAUAACCAGGUGGCCAAUCAAGAUGCUGCUGAAUUUUUUUAUCCUAAGACAAGAAUUGAUCGGGAUUACUCAGCACGGGUUCUAAUACCACUUGAGCACUUCAAAUUACCCGUCCUAGAUGAGUCUUUCUUGCUAGGACAUCCACAGGCUGAUGGGGUUGGUAGCAAUAGGAAUGGGAGCUUCUCGGAGAAAAACGCCAAAGCUGAGCUGAAUGCUUCCAUUGAAAAGUUGAUAUCCAGAAUAAAAGUAAGGUGGCGAUCAGGACGGAACAGCUCUGGGGAACUGAACAUAAAGGAUGCUAUACAGAAAGCCCUUCAAACUUCCGUGAUGGAUGUGUUGCUACCGGAUCCAUUGACAUUCGGGUUCCGGCUUGUGAAGGCUGGCUUGGCAAAUGCGGACGCCAAGGUAGAAACACCCACAUCGAAGAGUUGUGUGGCGGCCAAUGAGAUUACUCCAAUGGAGGUUAUGGUACGCAAUAACACGAAGGAGUUGAUCAAGAUGAGUCUUAAUGUGACGUGCAGGGAUGUUGCUGGAGAGAAUUGUGUUGAAGGUUCUAAUGCCACUGUCCUGUGGUCAGGUGUACUGAGUGGAAUCUCGUUGGAAGUUCCCCCGCUUCAAGAGACCAGGCAUUCGUUCUCCUUGUAUUUCCUUGUCCCUGGAGAAUACACAUUGGUAGCUGCUGCAGUGAUUGAAGAUGCCAAUGACAUUCUGAGGGCUCGGGCCAAGAGCGAUUCUCCCGACGAGCCCAUAUUCUGCCGUGGGCCCCCAUUCCACGUCCGCGUUGUUGGCACUGCUUAACUUAUUUCUUCGUCAUCUUUUAUAAUCAGUAUAGGUCUCCCUCAUCACUACUGUCCUCAAUCUGCAAGAGGCUCAGAAGACGGCUAUACCUCUGGAAUUUGGUCAUAUUUGAUAAAAGGUCGCGAACCUCAUCCAAAGGCGUUACUCUCCACAUAUAUAUCUGGUGAAAGUAGGAUUUCUUUUUUUCCAUUUGAUUGUAAAUUCUGUACGGGAGUUCUGGGAGCGGCUAUUUGUAACUUUCUCAAUUGGGAAACACCGAGGAAUAUUAGUUAUUCUAAUGUAGUUGGGCCAACUUAGUGAAAGUCCGUGGAGCGAAUCAAUUUGGCAAUUCUUUUGGUGAUUUGUAAUUAAUACAAGUUGAGAAAGGCAGAGGCGAAGCAAUUGUUAUUCCAUUUUGUUUCCUUCAA